AUGUUCGGUGGCACCCGGCCGAACAAUUUCAAAACAAAAGUUCCGCAGGUGGCCCUGCACUUUUCUGAGAGACCACAUCCCUUAAAAAUACCGAAAACCGACAAACGGAUAAGAAACAGUGAAGUGAAGCUGCUGGGGAUGGAAUUGAAAACAGCGAUGGCUCUGCUAACUAAUAGCCUGCUAGUCCUACGCGCCCAACAACUCGGUCCGAGUCGAACUCACGCCCCUGCUACGAGUUAUCUAUACCAUUCACAUCCCUGUGGAGCAACAUCCUCCGUUUCGCUUCGGUUGUGUCAUGGGAACCGAAAAGUCAAGACACAAGCCUCCAAUGCAGAUAACCAAGCAGUGAAAGUGGAAGAGAAAAAGGAGGAGGAAGAAGAAGAAUUUCAAGUUCUGACGGCCAUGAAAAGCGGUUUCAACGACAUUGUAAUCGUCGACACUCCGAAAUCGAGAAUGCUGCUCCUCGAUUCUUCUUAUGAUGUGCAUAGCAUUGUUUACAAGGACCAGAAGUGGACUGCUUUCUACUGGGAUGAGUUUGCUAGCUUGCCUGCUAUUGUUCCGAAAGGUCCUAUUGCCAUCCUUGGCUUGGGUGGUGGAACAGCUGCUCAUCUGAUGCUCGACUUGUGGCCGUCAUUGCAGCUCGAAGGUUGGGAAAUUGAUCAAAUUUUGAUUGAUAAAGCAAGAGAAUAUCUUGGACUGUCUGAUCUUGAGAAGCAUACUCAAGCUGGUGGCGUACUUAAUGUUCAUAUUGGUGAUGCCCUUUCUCCUUCAGUUAAUAUUCCUGGAGGAUAUGCUGUUCUGUCCUACUGUAUUGCUAUCUUGUUCUUGCAGCAAAUAUCAGGCAUUGUCAUUGACUUGUUUUCUGAUGGAAAAGUUUUGCCACAGUUGCAAGAGGUUACAACUUGGUUGGAAUUAAAGAUUCAGCUGAUGCCCUAUGGCCGCCUAAUGGUGAAUUGUGGCGGCAUAGAUGAACCAUCUGAUGUCAGGGAUGGAACAGCUCAUCCAAAAAAUAUAUCCACCGAUGACAGUUGGCUGCCAAAUUCUACUAUCCAGGCAUUAUCUAAAGCAUUCCCCGGACAAGUAAGCUGGAAGAAAAUGCCGCAAACUUUUGGUGAAAAUUAUCUCGCACUGACGGGACCUUUGCCAGAACUGAAUUCAUGGUCUGCUGCAGUAACAGGUCCUUUGACAGACAGUGUGAAGCAAUGGAGACCAUGCGAACCUUUUUCUUGACGGAGUACUCUAGCUUUUGUUGUGAAUGCGAUCCAUUAAACACCCACCCAUCAUGUUCUUGGAGAUAACUACGGAGCAUCCCCAAACAUCGCAUGAUCACAAAGAAUGCUGCAUCAGCUGAGGUUUAAUCCAACGAGUGAAGGUUGAAACAGCCUAUACUAAGAUGUAUACAUUACUUGUAUCUUAAGCUUACAACCAACAACUUGGUCAGCUUUGCUCUAAUGUAUCAGUUUUUGCUACAUGCAUCCCAAAUAUAUAAGAUCUGAUCAAGCGUUACCACCC